AUGGUUUUAGCAGAUUUAGGACGAAAAAUCAAUGCUGCCUUAGCUCAAAUCAAUAAAGAACCUAUAAUCGAUGAGAAAGUGCUCGACGCGCUUCUUAAAGAAAUAUGUCACGCAUUGUUAGAAGCUGAUGUCAACGUAAGACUUGUAGGUAAUUUAAGAAAAAAUGUGAGAACUACGGUAAAUAUACAAGAGCUAGCAGCCGGAAUUAAUAAACGGAAAAUCAUACAAAAGACGGUCGUCGAUGAAUUAUGUAAACUUGUUGAUCCAGGUGUCGAGCCAUACAUUCCCAAACGUGGCAAACAGAAUAUAAUUAUGUUUGUUGGUUUGCAGGGUAGUGGUAAAACGACGACAUGUACAAAGUUGGCAUAUUACUAUCAACGUAAAGGAUGGAAAACAUGCCUUGUAUGCGCCGAUACUUUUCGCGCUGAUCCCGUCCAGAUAGCACACGAAGGUGUGGAAAAAUUCAAAAAGGAAGGAUUCGAAAUUAUAAUAGUGGAUACUUCUGGAAGACAUAAACAAGAAGCAGAGUUAUUUGAAGAGAUGAAACAAAUAUCCACUGUCGUUAAUCCUCAUAAUACAAUAUUUGUGAUGGAUGGAACUAUUGGUCAAGCUGCAGAAGCACAAGCAAAAGCAUUUCAUGAAACAGCAGAUAUCGGAUCAAUUAUUAUAACUAAAAUGGAUGGCCAUGCUAAGGGUGGUGGGGCUAUUUCUGCUGUGGCGGCUACGCAUAGCCCAAUAAUUUUCAUUGGUACUGGUGAACAUAUACAUGAUUUAGAGGGAUUUGAUGCCAGACGAUUUGUAUCUAGAAUGCUUGGAAUGGGUGAUAUUUCUGGCUUAAUGGAAACUGUACAGGAUUUAAAAUUGGAUCAAAAUAAAAAUUUGAUGAAAAAUCUUGAACAAGGAAUUUUUACGAUAAGGGAUAUGUAUGAGCAAUUCCAAAACAUAUCAAAGAUGGGUCCACUCUCAAAGAUGAUGCAAAUGGUGCCUGGUAUGUCAGAACUUAAUUUACAAGGAUCCGAUGAAUUGGGGGCUCAACGAAUAAAAAGAUUAAUGACUAUAAUGGAUAGUAUGAACGAAACAGAACUUGAUUCCGACGGGAAAAUCUUUCAACAGCAGCCGGCUCGGAUAUUACGUGUCGCUAGAGGUUCAGGGACUUCGGUGCAGGAAGUUGAAGAAUUGUUGGUCCAGCAUAAAUCUUUUCAGGGAAUGGUUAAGAAGUUUGGUGGAAAUAAGGGUAUACUUAAAGGAAUGGGUCCUGGUACGGAUCCUUCGAAAAUGUCGCCGCAAAAGAUGCAAGCUAAAAUGGCACAGAUGCAAAAAAUGUUGCCACGUGGUAUGGCUGGAAUGGAUAUGAAUAGUCUAAUGCGUCAAAUGAUGGGUGGAGGUGGUGGUCCUGGUGCCCCAGCAAUGCCUGAUUUGAGUCAAAUGCAGAAUAUGAUGAAACAAAUGGGACUUGGUGGUGGCUUUCCAGGUGGUGGUGGUAGACGAUAA